AUGAGUGCAGGGAUCGCUGUUGGCUUGCUAGUAUCUUACUGGGUACAAUAUGGAGCGCUCAAGAUUUCAGGAACAGCCGCAUGGCGUAUGUGCUUUGCCUUUCAGCUAGUACCUGGGGUCUUAGUGGGUAUUUUGAUUUAUGUACGCCCAGAAUCUCCACGCUGGCUGUUUCAACACGAUCGCGGCGACGAGGCACUUCAAGUUUUAGCAGACCUUCAUGACCACGGUGACUGCUCCAAUCCAUCCGUACAAGCCGAGUUCCAAGAAGUCCGAGUAGUCCGGCGCCGCACUGCGCUAGCAAUGGGUCUGCAAUUUAUGCAGAACAUCAGCGGCGUCAACAUCGUCUUCUACUAUGCAGCCAAAGUAUUCGCGCAGACUGGACGCACUGGGACCCAAGCGGCAAUGCUAGCGAACGGCAUCGGAUCCUCCAUCUUCCUAGUUGCCUCCUUCUCGCUGACCGUCAUGAUCGAUCGGUACGGUCGACGAAAGCCACUAAUUAUCGGACCAAGCCUCAUGGGUAUCUGCAUGGUUAUUGUUGGCAUGUUACUAGUUGGCUACGGCUCGCCGCAUUUCGAUGCUGAAUCCCAGCAGUUGAAAUACAGUUUUGCGAACGUCAACGCCGGCAAUGCUGCUGUGGCAUUUGUCUUUCUAUAUAUGAUUUCCUUUGGCUCGACGUGCGCUGUGUUGCCCUGGACUUAUCAGAAUGAGGUGUUCCCUAUCUCCGCGAGAGGCAGAGGGACUGCACUUUCUGCCUGCAUUAAUUGGUUUGCGAAUUUUUGGCUCGGUUUAUAUAUGCCUGAAGCGUUGAAUAAGGCUGCAUGGAACAUUGAUUUCGUUUUCGGGGGUGUUUGCAUCGCGACUUCUUAUGUUACGUAUUUGUUCUAUCCGGAGACUGCGCAGCGGUCGCUGGAGGAGCCUGAUUUGUUGUUCACACCGAAUCGGCGUAAGCUGGUUUGCUUUGACUGGGAGGCAUGUCAGAAGGGGUCAUUGCUGCAUCGUGAUUUCGAGGGCGUGGAGGUGGCACAGCAGCUGGAAACUGCGCUGGUCAUGGGAGGGAUUGAGAAGACAGUGUGA